AUGGCGACGAUUUCUCUAAUUCUCGUCGUACUUGUAAAUCGAGUCAAUUCGCAAACAAGCUUAACCACAGGAAGAGAUAUAAACAGGUUAUCUGAAGGACUAGAAGUUACUUCAAUUUUUCCGACGCAAAUCCAACAAAUUCAAACGACAUCGGAAACGACGCUUGCGGCCUCCGCCGGAAACAAUCUAAAUGAGGUUGGCAGCACCGUACCAGCCUCCUUGGAUGUACCAGAACAGAAUUUCCAAGCAAUCUCUACAUUUUACUGGAUGAAAAACAAGAAAACCAAUGAUAAAAAAUAUGCGCGCGAAGAAAAUAUUGAAUCAACUUUACUUGGAAAUGGCGCAAAAAAUGAAGGAAAAGUUUCACAGAGAGCUGAAGAAAAUCUAGACGCUAUAAAACCUGUGCCUCUAGUGUGGGACAAUUGUUUAGAAACUAAUUUUAAAGACAACUCACAAAACAUAAUUAAAACUCAAGAUAUGCAAAAUGAUAAUCACGAUCAUAGACAUCAGGGCAAAGAAAUUGGCAGUAUAUGGAGAAAAAGAGAUGCAAGUUUUAAUUUGAAUUCCACUGCUGGAAAAGCUUGGUUAGAGAAGUAUAACAACUUGCUGAAUGCUAAAACGGAAGAAAGGCGUCAACAGAAACCAGAAACAACAUUCGUUAAGAAAGUAACUUCAGUGGCUACAACUAUAGAACCAAAAACUACUAUUCAAGUGAUACCAAUUACACGAGAAGUGUUCAAUGAGCCUAAAGAAGUGUUUAACGCUACUCAAAAUACUGUUACGGAUAGUGAUAUCGUGGCAAGUUAUACAGAGGAUUGGUUUGAGGAAAAGGAUAGAAGCAAAAUAAGAUUCGGUGAUUUGCCACAAAAAGAAACAUAUUUAAUACCCGCGCUGAAAUUGGAGCAAGGAUUUUACCCUUUCGGAUUUAUGUCAGAGUUUUUCUAUCUGAUAUACCCGUUUGAUUUUCCAGUGGGGCUUAUCAAGGAUAUAGUUUGGGGAGAAUUCACAUUUCCGUACUCCUUUCUACAGUCAAUAAAAGUUGAAUCAACGUUCCUGGCAUUCAUCAUCGCGUUUGCGUGUAUAGCUCUCGUCAUACCUGCGUACCUCCUCAUCUUGGGAAUACUGUCCUUAUUCUCAAGGUCCAGAUAUGACGACGAAUUAGAAACAGGAGCUCUAUUCCCUGAAGCGGAGAACUCAAAUUGCAAUGACCGAGCUCUGGUGGUUGUGACGUUAUUCUUCGUGCUCAUCUGCUGCGUCCUCAUAUCAGGGAUGGCAGUGAGCAAUGAACAGGCUCGGCUGGCGGCGUCGAACGGCCGCAACGUGGUCAGCUGCGCCUGCGCGGACAUCGCGUCCUGGCUGUCGGCGGCUGCGCGCGAGUUGCAUCAUAGUCUCGUUCCUCCUGUGGAUUUAGUGCUGUAUGCUUAUAAGAAGGAUUUGAAGAAUGUGGAGUCUCUGUUAGGAGAACCGAUCCAACAAGCUAUAUCUUCUGAGAGCGGUAUCGAUCUAGUGUUCGAUUCCUUGGUAGAUAUAAUUUCAGAAAGUGAGGACCUAUCAACGAAGAUAUCUUCGCUAAGAGACGUGAGCAUCAAGGCAGGGUCCCUGGCUUCUGCUGCAUCAGACAGGAUCAAGGACUUGGCUAGGCAGCUGGAGAACCUGAAGAAACAUUGCACGUUAAAGGAUUCACCCCUUUGUGAUACGAUUAAUACGCAUUCAUUGGAAUUGAAAAUGAAGUUUGAUUUGAUUCUCCACGAGCAGCAGUUGUUGGAACUUCGCACUCUGGGGGUGGAGAAUUUGACACGAGCGAUAGCGACAGCCAGACAAGAGUUCAAAACUUUACCUUCCGCUAUACUCGCGCAGACCACAGUUGUGAGGGAAGAUAUCCAACGAGACGUAGAACUCCGUAGAGAGGCAGUGCACAGUUCAGCUAAGAUUCUUAGCGACAUAGUGCGCCAUCUGACGUCGGGUUUGCACACUAUCGCCAGACAAUUGGAGAUCGGCCUCGAGAGAGUGCAGAGAUAUGAGUUCGCGAGAUGGACUCUUAUGUUAGGUUGCAUGCAUUGUUACUUUGGCUUUGUCAUGGUGCUUAUAAUCCUGGCUAUGCUUUGCGGUUGUGGUCACGCCAAAAAUCACGCAAGACGGACUUUGAAAGUCUCAGCAGUAUGGCUAUGUUUCGCGUCUCUUAUACUAUGGACAAUAGUAUCUGUAGUGUUUCUCAUAGCCGGCCAUGCAGAAGUGUACGUCUGUCACUCCUUGUGGGACUCUCAAUACGAAACUCUGUCGAAUUUGUUAGAUCGACCGUCACCUCUUCUGGCUAACAAUGAGGGCAUUUUCGACGCCAUGUUCAGAGAACUCGAGAAUAUUACUAUUGAUGUCUCUGUUAAAGAUGUGCUCAGGGAUUGUGAAAAAGACAGACCAGCGUACGUUGUCUUUCAACUGGACAAGAUACUUGAUGUAAACAAAGAGACAUCUUAUUUUGAAUGGGAGGAACUGCAAAAAGACUUCGGAAAAUUAGCCUCGUCAAUAGACGUUGGUCUUUUGAAGACAAUAUCUGUUAGUUUCAGCCGUUUGUUACAUGAAAUGCUGGUCGUUUCUGAUGUCAAUAUUGCUAAAUAUAGAAUGGACUACAACGUUCCCGUAGUAGGAAAAGACCUGCCUUCUCUAGUAGAUCAAUUAGAGAAUAUAGCAGCUCAAGUCACAGAUUUAACUACUGCAGGGAGAUUGGAAACAUUAGCCACAAGAACACAGAGACUUUACCAAACAAACAUCAAACCACUGGAACAACUACGAGCAGACGUGGUCUUCAAAUUGACGGAACUAGAACUACAGUUGUCACCUUUCAGAAGAAAGCUAAACAUUUCUCUAAGCCACAUCCAUACAGCGCAGUUUUAUAUCGACAACCAGGGUGAUGUGAUUGCGCAGAAGAAAGUAUCAAUGUACAUAUCCCGGCUGGUGUCCCACGCAGCUGGGUGGCGGACUCACGUGCUCAUAUCGACAGGCAAGCACGCGGCCAGGUGUAAACCGUUGUAUGCAGUGUAUGCGGCUGCGAGGUCGUUGUUAUGCUCACAAUACGUUUCGUCUUUGCACGGGUGGUGGGUUUGCGGGAUUUUCCUAGGGAUUUCAUGGUGCGCCGCGCUAACUCCACUUUGUGUCAAACUUUGGCGAACGUACGGAAGGAAAAUUAGGGCUCACGAAGCUAUGACUCUCGCCAACUUGGGCUCUGGGAACCAGGAAACUCCAACAACUGCUUUAUGCGACGGUAGCAAUUGGAAUACACCUGGGCCUCCUGCACCACCUCCCAGGAGUGACAGCUGGUGAAACUGUGAUCAUCAAUAGAGAGAGUUUUAAAAGGACAUGCUUUUAAAAGCACAAAAUGAACUCUGAAUGACUUUCUCAAGUCUUCGAUAUGAUUGAGAGAAAAAUUAAGAUAUUAUGAUCGUAAUUGUAAAUCAGUUAAUAGAAGUAUAUUACUGUGGAUGUGUUUUGUACCUACCUGUAUGUUUAUUUAGUAAAUCUUAAAAAUAUACAUUUAGGAUAGGUGAUUAAUUUAUAAAAUACUAAUGUACUUAUGUAAUAAAGUUUGUAAGAUCUUUUUAAGAGUAUCU